GCACAUGUCGACGACUGAUUGAAAAACCCAAUCCAGCGCGUGUUUGGUACUGAACUUGAAGAAGGUCCGCUUUGCACUGUCCAUUUUUGCUUCUAAUGGAGUCAACAAUGAAGAAACCCCACGCCAUUUGUAUUCCUCUUCCAGCUCAAGGCCACAUAAACCCUAUGCUAAAACUUGCCAAACUUCUUCAUUCCAAAGGCUUUCAUAUCACCUUUGUCCACACAGAGUUCAACUACAAUCGCUUACUGAAGUCUAGAGGUCAAGACUCUGUCAAAGGCUUAGAUGAUUUCAGGUUUGAAACAAUCUCAGAUGGCUUGCCUUCAACAAACCAGCGAGGAAUACUUGACCUCCCAGCUUUAUGCACAACCAUGCCUGUUGAUGGGUUGUGUUCACUCCAUGACCUUAUCACAAAACUCAAUAAUGCUUCAUCAGAUGUGCCUCCAGUUUCUUGCAUAGUUUCUGAUGGGGUUAUGGGCUUUACCUUAAAGGCUGCCCAGGAAUUUGGCAUUCCGGAGGUGAUGCUCUUCACUCCUAGUGGUUGUGGUAUGUUGGGUUAUCUUCACUAUGAAGACCUUAAAGAAAGAGGCUAUUUUCCAUUGAAAGAUGAGGGCUGCUUGAGUAACGAAUAUCUUGAUACUGCCAUUGAUUGGAUACCAGAAAUGAGAGGGAUUCGAUUGAAAGAUCUUCCAACAUUUCUUCGGUCCACCGAUGAGAACGACAUAAUGUUCAAUUACAACUUAGAAUCAGUGAAUAAUGCUGUGAAAGCUAGGGCUAUUAUCCUGAAUACGUUUGAUGAUUUGGAAGAAGAGGUUUUAGAAGCCAUCAAAAUUAAGUAUCCCAAUCUUUACACUAUUGGUCCACUGUCUAUGCUUAAUCAACAACUUCAAGAAACAAAGCUGGAGACUGUUGAAUCAAACUUGUGGAAGGAAGAUAAUGACUGCUUGAGUUGGUUAGAUAAAAGGGAGCCCAAUUCUGUUGUUUACGUGAAUUUUGGAAGCCUAAUAAUAAUGACUUCUGACCAAUUGAGUGAAUUUGCUUGGGGACUUGCUAAUAGCAUGUAUUCAUUCUUAUGGGUCAUACGCUCAAAUCUUGUGGAUGGUGGAGUUGAGAUCAUAUCCAAGGAAUUCAUGGAGGAGACUAAAGAAAGAGGAUUCCUUUCAGACUGGUGUCCACAAGAAAGAGUUCUUAGUCAUCAUUCAAUUGGAGGAUUUUUAACUCAUUGUGGAUGGAAUUCUACGCUGGAAAGUAUUUGUGGGGGAGUGCCACUGAUAUGUUGGCCUUUCUUUGCUGACCAACAAACCAAUUGCUUUUACGCAUGCAACAAGUGGGGGAUUGGGAUGGAGAUUGAUACGGAUGUGAAGAGAGAAAAAGUUGAGGGGCUUGUGAGAGAAUUGAUGGAGGGAGAAAAAGGGAUGGAGAUUAGAAAGAAGGUCAUGGAGUGGAAGAAAAGAGCCCAAGCAGUAACAAAAUCAGGUGGGUCUUCUUACACUAACUUUGAUAGUUUAGUGAGGAAACUAAAAGAGCUUACGGAUUUUGACUUUGAUAAGGUUAUUUGAGGUUCCAUGGAUUUCCCAUCAAAAAGUGGGUGACAAUGCAUGAUAAUUAGUUAUUUCACAAGAAAACAUUUGGUCCAAAUUCUAAUUUUCAUAGAACUUAUGUUAAGAGACCUAAAGUAAGAUUGAUGUUUUAGUGUUUUACAUUUGUGUAUGUAUAAGACUCUCUUAUACUUUUUUAUUAAGAAUUUUGCCAACAUGCCAAGAGCCUUGUAGAUUAACUGAUAUUUUUUGGUAUUUCUAAUAAAAAGGUCUUAAGAUUAUACCUCA